CCUGCCCACCUGGCCCAGGUGAGCUUCGUCAUCCCUGCGUUCAACUCUAACUUCACCCUGGACCUGGAGCUGAACCAUCACCUGCUGUCCUCUCAGUACGUGGAGCGCCACUUCAGCCGGGAGGGCGCAGCGCAGCACAGCACUGGUGCUGGAGACCACUGCUACUACCAGGGCAAGCUCCGGGGCAACCCGCACUCCUUCGCCGCGCUGUCCACCUGCCAGGGGCUGCACGGGGUCUUCUCUGAUGGAAACUCAACCUUCAUCGUGGAGCCCCAGGUGCUGGCUGGGCCUCGGGCACCCCCCCAGGGACCCCUCCCACACCUCAUCUACCGGACUCCUCUCCUCCCAGCCUCCCUCGGAUGCAGGGAGCCAGGCUGCCUGUUUGCUGCCCACUCUGUCCCUCCAAGCCGGCCAAGGCUGAGAAGGAAAAGGCAGGUCCGCAGGGGCCACCCCACUGUCCACAGCGAGACCAAGUAUGUGGAGCUCAUCGUGAUCAAUGACCACCAGCUGUUCGAGCAGAUGAGGCAGUCAGUGGUCCUGACCAGCAACUUCGCGAAGUCCGUGGUGAACCUGGCAGACGUGAUAUACAAGGAGCAGCUCAACACCCGCAUAGUGCUGGUCGCCAUGGAGACGUGGGCCGACGGGGACAAGAUACAGGUGCAGGAGGACCUCCUCGAGACGCUGGCGCGGCUCAUGGUGUACCGGCAGGAAGGGCUCCCCGAGCCUAGUGAUGCCACCCACCUCUUCUCGGGCCGCACCUUCCAGAGCUCCAGCAGCGGGGCGGCCUAUGUGGGGGGCAUCUGCUCGCUGUCCCGCGGAGGCGGCGUGAAUGAGUAUGGCAACAUGGGGGCCAUGGCGGUGACGCUGGCACAGACGCUGGGGCAGAACCUGGGCAUGAUGUGGAACCUGCACCGGAGCGCAGCCGGCGACUGCAGGUGCCCGGAUGUCUGGCUGGGCUGCAUCAUGGAGGACACCGGGUUCUACCUGCCCCGCAAGUUCUCGCGCUGCAGCAUCGACGAGUACACGCAGUUCCUGCAGGAGGGCGGCGGGAGCUGCCUCUUCAACAAGCCGCUCAAGCUCCUGGACCCGCCCGAGUGCGGGAACGGCUUCGUGGAGGCGGGGGAGGAGUGCGACUGCGGCUCUGUGCAGGAGUGCAGCCGGGCGGGCGGCAACUGCUGCAAGAAGUGCACGCUGACGCACGACGCCAUGUGCAGCGACGGGCUGUGCUGUCGCCGCUGCAAGUACGAGCCGCGGGGCGUCUCCUGCCGAGAGGCGGUGAACGAGUGCGACAUCGCGGAGACCUGCACCGGGGACUCCAGCCAGUGUCCCCCUAACCUGCACAAGCUGGACGGCUACACGUGCGACCGCGAGCAGGGUCGCUGCUACGGAGGCCGCUGCAGGACCCGGGACCGGCAGUGCCAGGCCCUGUGGGGCCGUGCGGCCGCCGAUCGCUUCUGCUACGAGAAGCUGAACGUGGAGGGCACGGAGCGCGGGAACUGCGGCCGCAAGGGCUCAGGCUGGGUGCAGUGCAACAAGCAGGACGUGCUGUGCGGCUUCCUCCUCUGCGUCAACAUCUCCGGAGCUCCUCGGCUGGGCGAGCUGGGGGGAGACGUCAGCAGCGUCACCUUCUACCACCAGGGCAAGGAGCUGGACUGCAGGGGCGGCCACGUGCAGCUGGCCGACGGCUCUGACCUGAGCUACGUGGAGGACGGCACGGCCUGCGGGCCCAACAUGCUGUGCUUGGGCCACCGCUGUCUGCCGGCCUCGGCUUUCAACUUCAGCACCUGCCCAGGCAGCGGGGAGCGCCGGGUCUGCUCCCACCACGGGGUCUGCAGCAACGAGGGCAAAUGCAUCUGCCAGCCCGACUGGACGGGCAAGGACUGCAGUGUCCAUAACCCACUGCCCACGUCCCCACCCACUGGGGAGACGGAGCGGUACAAAGGUCCCAGCGGCACCAACAUCAUCAUCGGCUCCAUCGCCGGGGCAGUCCUGGUCGCAGCCAUCGUCCUGGGGGGCACAGGCUGGGGGUUUAAAAACAUCCGCCGAGGAAGGUACGACCCGACCCAGCAGGGGGCAGUGUGACACUGGCCACACCACCCUCCCGCCCUGGUCAUCCAUCUCAUCUCACGGCCCCUCUCAUCCGCUGCCUGAGGAGUCCUCUGCCCGCCGCGCCAUCCC